CCUGGACAUGCAAAAAUUAAGUAUAUAAAUAAUUAAAAACAAAACCUAUGAAAUAAACUAAUUAGUUAGAGAGAGGUCUUAAUCAAAAUUAACUACUAAAAGAAUAUGUUAAUGAUCAUCAUAUCAGUACAGACAAAAACUUUCUGCGAUAAUUUAGGGUUAGCCUCGGUGUGACAUUAGUUAAACGAUGAUUAUUAACAGAUGUCUAACCAUCUAUGUAUCCAAACUGAGUUAACUUAUUAUUUCUCUUAGUCAUCUAAUUAGAUGUCGCAUCGAGUAUAAUAAAAACGUGUAAGCUGCCUUCAUUUCCCUCCUAUAAUAUCGCAAGAAUCAAACCACAAAACUCAUCCCGUCUUAUUAAUUCUCCAUCCACGUAUAAUUAAUCAUUUCCAAGAAAGAAAAAAAUGACUUUGAUUUUGGGGCUGAAGAAGAAGCAGAGUAACAGGCAGAUGAUCAACAGCCAGCUUUCAGUACUGCCGGCUAUGGUGGUGGUACUAGUGUUCAUCAUGUCUCAGGCAACGAACACCGGAGCACAAGAUAAUUGGGAGGACCCACUUACUUCUUGUUGUGGGACUUGCACCGGGGAUUGGUUUGCCAACGAGAUGAGCGCUAGGAUAGCGUGUCUGAAUCAGACUGAUCCGGGAGCGUGCUCUACUGCUCUGGCUCCUGAUCCUAAAUACGCCACCGACAGAGAUUCGUGUUAUGACACAUGCGUCGCCGGCAUCAACGGCGAUCCCACCAAAUGUUUCCGGAUGCAACCUCAAGAUUGUUGCAACAUCUGCUACGCCGUAUCCCCGCAGGCCGGAGAUUGUUCGUCUUCCGGUGACCCCAACUCUGAUUGCCGUAUGAAAUCUAUAUGCUAUGGUGCUUGUGCUGCCGGUUGCGUUGAUCCCCCCACAGCCUCUUCCUCUGGCUGAGAACGUCUGAUCAUCCACAUCCCAACUCCAUGCAUUCAUGGUGGACAUUUGUUUUUCUUUUUUUUAUUGGCCUGGCUUUUGUGUGUGACUGUGUGUGUACGUGUUCUUUUUUUUUUGUUUUGUUUCGUGGAAAGUUGAAAGCGUGUGUGGUUUAAAUUUUUGUCGUGAAUACAUGUGUAUUGUGGUGAAAUAAAUAGCAUUUGAUGUGUGUUGUUGGUUAAUUAUGUUUUGGGCUAUCUAUAUAUAGAUCCACUCAUUCUGAAAUAAUUCAAAAUUUCGUUUUUAAUAUAAACGGAACAGAGGAACAGAAGAGAGUAGUGUGUGUAUAUAUUGGGCCUUUUUGGACAUCAACUCAUUUUACAUUUUCACUCAUUUUCCCUCUUAAACACAAAAUCCAACGAAAAAGAAAAUAUCAUUCAAACAACUUUCUGAUUUACGUUUUAAAUUCU